CAACCAAAAAAGUAAGAAAACGUUUACAAGGAAACAAUACACAGUUCUUGACAAAAGGACAGAGUCAAAAAAUGACCAAGUUGUUCGCUUUAGCAGCAAUGACGUUGGUCCUCAUAGUAAGCGUAUUUGCGUUCGUGAAACCGGUAGCGUCGUCGUCGUGUUACCGUUUUGAUCAUUUUGGCCCACCUACUCCGAUGUCUCACGAGGAGGUGCAAUUGCCGCGGAUUAUGAGGUUGGCUCGGUUUUCGGUGGCGAAGCACAAUGAAGUGCUCUCGGGUGCUCAACGAUUGAAGUUGGUAAGUGUAGAAAAGGGUGCUUAUUACCAUGUAUCACCCGAUGGAGACUAUAUAAGUUUGGAUAUUAAUGCAUCAAACAACUUCGAUCAAGCCAAGUACAGGGCCUUUGUCAUUGAGUUCGUUGCCUAUGAUCAACUUUCCCUUGAAUGCUUUGAGAAAAUUUAUUAAAGAUGGAUGUUAUUUAAAAGCUUUUAAUUUGUAAUGCAAAGUCAGUUGCGCUCUGUGCGCAACGUCGUGGCCGCAAUAAAUAUUUUUGUCUUUAAUUUAAUUAAUGUCAACCUUUUUCUGAAAUGGGACCAUAUUGGUCUUGGAUUGUGGUGUGGUGUUCUGUGAUGCUCGAUGUUUGGACUUGUAAUAUGUUAUAAACCAACUGGUUACAAUAAUUUGAAUUGUUGGUAGAGUACACAAUGUAUGGUAUUUAAGAAACGUAUAUGAAGGGA